AUGGCUCCCCACGUGGAAGAACAGCAGCCCAAGGGCGUGAAUGUCCACCAUGACGAUGUCGCCGAGGCCAGCAAGCUUGGCGUCGCCGUUGAAGAGGUUGUCGCCCACCGCAUCUCCGAGGAAGACCUGAUGCGGGUCUCUGCCGACUGCCUCAAGGUCAUGUCCGGUGACUGGAGGAUCUUCACCCCGGCCGGAUGGCGUGUCUUCGGCCUGAUGUUUGUCAUGGCUGUGAACCAGGCCGGCUACGGCAUCGACUGGGGUGUCAUUGGUGGUCUCAACUCGAUGAAGUUGUGGCACAGCUACUUCGGCUUCGGCAACACGGGUGCUAUCCUGGGAACCAUCAACGCCCUCAUGCAGAUCGGUCUCUUCUGCGGUGCUCCUUUCCUAGCCCUGAGCGAUGUUAUCGGUCGUCGCGGUAUCAACUUCCUCGGAAACGCCAUCACCAUCGUCGCCGCUCUUCUUCAGGGCCUUGCUCCGAACCUGCCCUGCUUCAUGAUCGGCCGUUUCCUCCUCGGCGUCGGAGCCUCUCUCUGCUCUGCGCCCCAGUACAUCGCCGAGGUCGCCCCUCUCCAUCUCCGUGGUCGCAUUGUCGGUAUUUUCGGUGCCUUCUUCCACGUCGGCUCCAUGUGCAUGACCGGCCUUCUGAUGGGUUUCACCAAGAUCAACAACGACUGGCAGUGGCGCGCCCCGCUGCUGCUCGAGGGCUUCUUCCCCGUCAUUCUCUGCACCCUCAUCUACAUCCUGUGCCCGGAAUCGCCCCGUUACUACGUCAUGAAGGGCAGGCAGGACAAGGCCCGCCGCGCCAUCGCUCGCUACAUGACCACCAACGACGACGAGAAUGCCCCGAUCGUGCCCCUCAUGAUCGCCCAGAUCGAAGAGUCCCUCGAGACCAGCCGUGCUGGUGUUCUCGCCAGCUACGACUUCCGCCCCUUCUUCACCAGGGCCGCCGGCUACCGUACCAUGCUCAUCAUCAUCUACUCUUGCUUCCAGCAAUGGAACGGUGGUGGUGUCAUCGGCUACUACCUGUCCCCCGCCCUCGACACCGUCGGCAUCCACGACAGUCUUGACCAGCUCGGUAUCCAGCUCGGAGAGGUCGCCGUCUACUUCAUCUUCACCUUUGUCGGCGCCUGGCUCAUUGACAGAAUGCGCCGUCGCACUCUCAUCUUCUCCGGUCUCAUUAGUUUCGUCCUCUGCCAGACGGCCGCCACGAUUACCUCGUGGCAGUACAGCCUGCACAAGAGCAAGGCGACCGCUGUUCUGACUGUCGUCUGGUUCUACAUCUACCAGGUCUGCAGUGCCUCCCUGAUUGCCACGAUGCACAACCUGUACCCUGUCGAGCUCCUCUCCCUUACCCUUCGUUCCAAGGGUAUGGGUCUGUACAACAUGAUCCAGGGUGCUGCCGGUGUCGUCAAUACAUACGGUAUCUCGGUUGGCAUUGGAAAGAUCGGGUACAAGAUCUGGGUCGUCUACAUUGUCUACAACACCAUCCAGCUAAUUAUCUCCUACUUCGUCUUCCCCGAGACCAGCAAGCUCUCGCUCGAGGAGAUUGAUACCAUCUUCGAGACUCCUGGUGUCCACCCUGUCAAGAUGAGUCUGAAGAUUGAGCAGGCUAGAAAGGAGCGCCUUGCGAUUGAGAGGGAAGAGGCGAAUGCCGUGCAGGCCUAA